CCUGAGUUUAAGAAUUAAUAAAACACGCCACUGUUUAAUACAAAAUGGAAGGCUUUAACCCAUUGCCGGAAGAGGAACAAAUAAGAUUAAAGCUGCAGCGGGAAAGAAAUAACAAGAUCAGUAAGAUCAUGGGUGAUUAUUUGCUGAGAGGUUACAAAAUGUUGGGUACCACAUGCAACAAAUGUCAGACAAUAUUGUUGAAAGAUAGGCAAGGUGAAGAUUAUUGUAUAGGUUGUGUAGAAGUGGAUGUGCCUGAUGUCACCCAAGUACACACAACACGACAAAUGACCAACCAAAGACAAAAUAAUUUAAAUGACCAAGGCACGGAAGAAAAUAACUUAAACGGUCGAGGCACGGAAGUAAGUAUGGUUGGAGUUGAUUCUCAGAUGAUGGAGACGUCUAUUAAGACUAUACAACAACAAAUACAAUGGACAAAUGAUAGUUUAUCAAGACCAGAAUUAAGUCUAGAACACAGAACACAACUGGUGAUGCACAUGAAAACGUGUUAUGAAACUUUAACUUUUCUUAUGAAGAGCAACACGAAUUAAAUUGACGCUGAUGGAACAAAGAUGAUGUGCUAAGAGAAUGUGUUAAAUCUUUUGUAAAUAUACAAUAUAAGAGAACUCAGUUUAAUCUUUUGUUGUAAUUCUCCAAUUUCAAAACACAAAAAGAAUUAUAGUCGCAGUGCCGUAACCACCCCCACCCCCAA